AUAAACAAAAACAACGUGUAUUUCGUUGGUUUAAUUUCUUCCCAUCGUACGGCAAGGAACAGUAUUCCAUUAAUUUAAAAUCAUUUGUGAAUAACUGUGAAGUUAAUAGAAGUUAUGAGUGAUUCGGAAUCUGACGCCAAUGACCAAGCAGGGGAUAUCGAACAUUUCAGCGGACCGGUGGAGAACGCGUGGUUGCUGAAAAUACCAGAGUUCAAAAAGGAAGAUAACCCUCAAGGGCUGGCUGAGGAAAGCUCUUUCUCCUGCUUGUUUCCGAAAUAUCGCGAAAAGUACGUUAAGGAAUGUUGGCCCUUGGUAGAGAAAGCUCUCGACGGGCAUCGCCUGAAAGCGGAACUAGACUUGAUUCAAGGUAACAUGACGGUAAAAACCACACGGAACACAUGGGACCCGUUCAUCAUUCUGAAGGCGAGAGAUUUGAUCAAGCUGCUCUCCAGAUCAGUUCCUUUCGAGCAAGCUGUGAAGGUUUUGGACGAUGAAAUAAGUUGCGAUAUCAUUAAGAUUAAGAACUUGGUACGAAACAAGGCAAAGUUCGUCAAAAGACGUAAUCGAUUGAUUGGUCCAAAUGGAUGUACUUUGAAGUCGCUGGAACUGCUGACGAAUUGUUACGUUUUAGUUCAAGGAGCCACAGUUUCAGCCAUUGGACCUUACAAGGGACUGCAAUGCGUCAGAAAAGUUGUCGAGGAAACUAUGAAAAACAUACAUCCAAUCUAUAACAUCAAAGCAUUGAUGAUCAAACGAGAAUUGAUGAAGGACGACAAGCUGAAAGAGGAAAACUGGGAAAGAUUUCUUCCUAAAUUUCAAGCUAAAAACACAACUAAGCGAAAGAAGCCCAAGGAGCAGAAGAAAAAGAAAGAAUACACACCGUUUCCUCCUCCAUUACUGGAGAGUAAGGUCGAUAAAGAGCUGGCUUCCGGUGAAUAUUUCCUCACGGAGGAUCAGAAAAAGGCAAAGCGAUUACAAGAACGGCGAGAAAAGGAGCAGAAAAAUUCCAGCAUUCAAAAGCAACGGCGAGAGAAGGAUUUCACCGCUCCGGAUGAGAGUAAACCCAAGAAGACCCAAGCUAAUGAUAAAAGCAACAAAGUUGAUGUUAAUGCGUUGAAAAGUAAAAUUGCUAAAGCAAAUAAGAAAGCUAAAUUUGUUAAAUGAAAAAGACAAUAAAAUAAAAUGGGUUGAACAUAA